GGCUUCAAAUGUAGCCGCAGCCUCUCAAAGUCCUUUUCUCCGGAUCGCUCAAAAUUCAUUAUUCUCUGCAAUUUCAUCAAAGAAGAAAAUCCUCUAUAAAUUUUAAUGACAAAUUUUGAUGCAAAUGGAGAAGAUGGGUCUAUUCUUCUGCAUUGCAUUCUUGAUGAUGAUGGAUAGUGUUGAUGUUGAUGGAAUCAAUUUUCUGGAUAGGGAGGUUUUGGAAAUAAAAAGGAUGUCGAAAAGAAGGAAUGUGGAAGGUGAUUCUUCUCGAUGUAGGAAUGCUAAUGUUUUGAUAUGGACUCCUAUUAUGGAAGAUAAGCUAAUUGAUGCUUACUUGAAUCAACAUGUAAUAGGAAACCGAGUUGAUGGGAAUUUUACAUCAAUGGCUUAUAAUGAAAUAGUAGCCGAACUUAAAGAAAGCUUUCCCGAUAAGCCAUUUGAUAAGGAAAAAGUAAAGAAUCGCAUGAAAUAUAUGAAGACAAAAUGGACAGCUUGUUAUGAUUUAUUUAAGAAUGUCGGAAGUGGCUUUGCUUGGAAUCGAAGCACGGGUUUGUGGAGUGCGGAACCUGAGGUUUGGGAUAGACUAAUCGAGGCUCACCCAGAAGCUGCUGAAUGGAGGACCAAGUCUAUCCGAAACUAUGAUAAACUAUUGGAGCUUUUUGCAGCUGAUAGAGCAAAUGGGGAACUUGCUGAAACUGCGGCUGAGAUACGAGAAAGGAGGAGGGAUUUUAGUGCAAGCAAUGGCUUUGAUUCUCAUACAAUUGAGGACAUCGAUGGUAUGGUUUCUCGACAUGAAAUUUUGUUAGAGAAUUUCGAUAGGAUUAAUGAUGAGGACCCAAAUGACAACAAUGAUGAACAUGUGAUUACCCCUGAAACCAAAUCAACUGCAAAUUCACAAAAGAAAACUAGAAAAUCGAAGGACGAAAUUUCUAUUGUUGAUCAGGAGGUGAUAAAGGGUAUGCAGAGGAUAGCUGAGGCAAUUGAAUCCACUGGUGAUAAAUACAUACAAGCUCUUGAACGUGCUCCAAUGAAAAGUAGUGAUGUUUGGAAUCAUUUGCUUGAACUUGGUGUUGAGACUGCUCAAAUUAAACAAGCUAGAAACAUGUGCUAA